GAUAUAAAGAGCCGCCUCCAUCGUCUUUAGGGUUACUCUACGCGAGAGAGGAAGACGAAAAAAACAGAGAGAAAGAUGCAGAUCUUCGUGAAAACCUUAACCGGAAAGACCAUUACUCUAGAGGUCGAGAGCAGUGACACCAUCGACAAUGUCAAGGCCAAGAUCCAAGACAAAGAAGGUAUCCCUCCGGAUCAGCAGCGAUUGAUCUUCGCCGGUAAACAGCUCGAGGAUGGCCGUACUUUGGCUGACUACAACAUCCAGAAAGAAUCCACACUUCAUCUUGUGUUGAGGCUCAGAGGAGGUAUCAUUGAGCCUUCGUUGAUGAUGUUGGCUCGUAAGUACAACCAAGACAAGAUGAUUUGCCGCAAGUGUUACGCUCGUCUUCACCCAAGGGCAGUGAACUGCAGGAAGAAGAAGUGUGGUCACAGCAACCAGUUGAGGCCUAAGAAGAAGAUCAAGUAGAGAGACACGUAUCAAGUAUCUCAUCUCUUGCUUUGCUUGCUUCUUUUUGUUAUCUUUCCUUUGAUUGGGUUUGUUUUCUUUUGUUUCAGUGAUGUUAAAAGAUAAUAUCAGUAUAAGGAUUUGGUUUUCUAUCUACUCUGAAUCGGUUAUGAGAUAUUCAUGCUUAAUUCCAGAUUACUCUCUAUCGGUUUUGAAGUUUUGAA